AUGAGCACACUAGAGCGCAGUUUGCAGGUUUUGGAUGAAUCGACGGUGCAAUCCAAUCGGGGAUUGUUGCGAUCCAAGGCAUCGAUGCGUUACAUGCAGCAACAGCAGUCUCUCGUAGGGCGUCAGUUGACAAGCUCCUUGCUAGGUGAUGGCAUGUUUGAUUCCGUGCAAGACGUGGGAAUGUUUCGGACGCCGGAAUCGGAUCGCGGCAGUCAAUUAAGCUUGGCGGCGGGUAGUACGGUGAGCUACACCAAUGCCAACAUGCGCGAAUGCACCAAGCAACUGUGCGAAGAGUUCCUGCAGGUGGUGCAACGGUACAGGAACGCAUCGGACGUGUUCGAUGCGAUGGAUGAGCUGGUCAGAUCGUUAGACGAAACGCUCGUGCAGAUCAACCAUACUGCAAAGCAGCUGCUACCAGCGGGCCGCGAGCGUCAUCUACAUGCAGAAGAGAUGUGGUUGAAUGCGGAGCGUGAUACGUGGAAAUUGAUGGUGUCUCUGUAUCGCGAUCGAAUGAUAACACAAAAGCAGGACUACGAGAUGGACGAUUUACCACUGGUCAACAGUGAGCAGACGAUUAUUUCCCAUCUUUACCACGGCAAUGCAAACCUGCGCGAGUAUCAGAUGAUUGUGGACUGGCUUGAGCAUAUGGCACUGUACCAGAACCAGAGCGAGCUGACCCACUACAUGAACCGUACGGUGGCGUGGGAAAAUACGCUUCAUCAGCUGCUGGAGGUGGGUCAAACCGCGUUCGGGAGCGGCCGUCCGUUGGUGAAGAGUCUCGAUCCCGACGCAUCGAUUCGUGAGAAGCGUCCACUGCACGAUCUCGACAUGGAAGAUCAGACGCAACUAGCCAAGCAGGUGUUUCUCGAUAUUCGCCAAGGCCAACUGAAGGAGGCACAGAUUAAGUGCGAAAAUUAUGGCCAAGCGUGGAAGGCAGCUAUACUGGAGGGAUGGCGUCUGCACCAUGAUCCAAACUACGGGGCGGAGAAAGAUUUUCACACGCGGGAAUCCAUCGACGGUAAUCCGAGACGGGAUCUGUGGAAAAAGUUCGCCUGGCAGAUGGCGGAAAGCCGUAUGCUGGAUCCGUACACGAAGGCUGCGAUUGGAUCACUGUGCGGGCAUCUCGAUUCGAUAGUGGAUGUACUGUCCGAACACUCCUGGAACGAUGUGCUGUGGGCGUACGUCAAGGUACAGAUUGACAUACGGGUGGAAAGCGAGAUACGGUCCCACUGCAUCAAGAGCUACCUGCCGAUGUCCGAUCGUUACUGGAACGGGAAGAAGUCGCUGGAACAAAUCUUCGACGCGCUCGACGCACACAAAAACGUGCGCAUCUGUACGGCGGCUAAGGAUGUGGACAAGGUGAUCCAGAAGUACAUUAUGCUGGACGACAUUCCGGAGCUGAUGCGCAUCGUAGACGAAUGGUUGGAGGGAAAGGAGGUGGUGUUGAUCCCACAGAUGCUACGGUUCCUGACGCACUUUGUCAUGUUUUUGCGGCAGAUUGGAAAGACCUUUCAGGACGACAUUGGCGAUCGGGUGGUAAAACGAUACGUGGAGUACUUGAUAACGCUCGGGGUGCCCCACAUGGUAGCUUUCUACACGGCUGCACUGCCACCGAACAUGCAGCUACUGUUGUACUCUCAUUUUCUCGACACUAUAAGCGACAGUAUGCAGAGAAAGCAGGCACUGGAGGAUGCGUACAGUUAUGGCUUGGACGUACCGACCAUGACGGUAUAUACAGUGGAACGGUGCCGUAUGAUGGAGCCGAAAACCGAUGACUCAGCACCGACUGCUUCCGGCAAGUUGAGCGAGCUGGACGAGCUGAAGAUAGGCUCCCUCGAAUGGCUUACCUUCUAUCCGGAGCAACGUGGUGAGCUUUUGUGGCAAACCAACAGCCUCAUACGCUACUUCCUAGCCCGGCGCAGCAUCGAAGCUGCCCGGAAAACAUUCGCCGUUAUACCGGCCGACACCAUGGAACUCAUAUUCACCCACUACGGUUCGAAGGAUGACAUCCCUUGCAGGGAAGAAGUCAGCAUACGAGAACAUCUCUGCUACCAGACGUAUCUGGCCGCGAUUCAGGGAUACAACGAUUGGUCACAUAUUUUCUACAACGGCAAACCGAAACCACCGCCGGUGGUGAAGAUAUCGAACUUCACCGAACGUGUCACAUCCGAACAUCGGGAAGAAUCGUACCGGAAGGAGCUGAUCAAUUGGGAGGCGCGAAUCGCCGACGUGACAACACUAACGCGCGAUCUUCUAUACAACGUGCUACUGUUCCCCGAGGCGGGCUGGUUGGUAGACACGGACACAAUGAAACCAAUCCCAGAAGACGACGAAGAUUGGCUAAACCGGGCAGUACAGAUGGAGAACUUACGGAAGCUUUGCAUUCCCGAGAUAGUGUUACUGUUGCACCAGCUGCACACACUAACCGAUCGGCACAGUGAAAAUCUGUUGCUAGCGGAUGUGCUGAGUUCCGAAUCGCGCAAACUGUACAGCGUGUUUCCCAAGCACAAGCUGGCUGAGACGCUGACCAAGAUAGCAGAAUCGUCUCUAACGCUCAUGAACAGCCGGAAAGACCCGUUUGUGGGAGACAGCGCAAAGAAGUAA